GCUCGUGCGAGUACCGAUCUCAUAUUACCCCCUCCCUUACAAGAAAUCAUGUCUCAAGAACGGGCAGCAUUCCAAGCCGAGGUGCGCCAGGUUGAGGAAUGGUGGAAGAACCCCCGUUUCGCGCGCGUAAAACGACCAUAUACUGCGGCGCAGGUCGUUGCUAAGCGAGGAACGCUCCCGAUCUCAUAUCCGUCCGACGUUCAGGGCAAGAAGCUUUGGCGAUUACUUGCGGAGCAUGCGCAGCGGGGCACGCCGUCGCACACAUACGGAGCUUUGGACCCGGUCCAAGUGACGCAGAUGGCAAAAUAUCUCGAAACCGUGUACGUGUCUGGGUGGCAAUCCUCUAGCACUGCCUCCAGCACGAAUGAACCUGGCCCCGAUCUCGCUGACUACCCAUACAACACUGUCCCGCAGAAGGUGGAGCACCUCUUUAUGGCCCAAUUGUUCCACGACCGGAAGCAACGGGAGGCACGCUCGAAUCUGUCUGAGCAAGAGCUCGCGUCGACGCCAUCCAUCGACUACCUCCGGCCCAUCGUCGCCGACGCAGACACCGGUCACGGCGGUCUGACUGCCGUAAUGAAGUUGACGAAAUUGUUUGUGGAGAAAGGUGCCGCGGGUAUUCACAUCGAGGAUCAGGCGCCCGGUACUAAGAAGUGCGGCCACAUGGCUGGCAAGGUUUUGGUACCGAUCUCUGAGCACAUCAACCGACUUGUUGCUAUCCGUCUUCAGUACGAUGUGAUGGGCGUCGAAAACCUCGUGAUUGCACGGACGGACUCCGAGGCGGCCACUCUGAUCACCACGAAUGUCGACGAGCGCGACCAUCCCUUCAUCCUGGGCUCAACGAACCCGACGUUAAGGCCCCUCGUGACGGUGAUGAAUGAGGCUGAGGCGACAGGCAAGUCCGGUGAUGCCUUACAGGCGGUCGAGGAUGAGUGGACUGCGGCAGCCAACCUCCAACUGCUCUCUACAACGCUCGCCACUGCGCUGCGGGAACAAACUGGAGCAUCGCCCUCGACCAUCGACACCUUCCUGUCCAAGGCAGCGCAUGCCUCGCGUCCCCAAGCCGUCGCGAUCGCGCAGGAAUUUGGCCUGAAGUCGGUGCCGUUCUGGGAUUGGGAUGCCCCUCGCACGCGCGAAGGCUUUUACCGUUACCAGGGCGGGACGCAGUGCGCUAUCAACCGAGCAACGGCAUUCGCUCCCUACGCUGACCUGCUGUGGAUGGAGACGAAGAAGCCUAUAUUGUCCCAGGCGGUGGAGUUCGCGAAGGGUGUGCACGCGGUACAUCCGGGCCACUGGUUGGCGUACAACCUCAGCCCAUCCUUCAAUUGGGAUGCUGCUGGCCUUGGAACGGACGACAUGAAAAACUACGUUUGGGAACUCGGCAAACUGGGCUUCGUCUGGCAGUUCAUCACGCUCGGCGGUCUACAUUCAAACGCCUACAUCUCCGAUCUCUUCGCGCGCGAGUACGCUCGUGAAGGUAUGAAAGCGUAUGUGGAGCUGGUCCAGCGCAAGGAGCGUGAAAUUGGCUGUGACGUCCUCACUCAUCAGAAAUGGAGCGGCGCUGACUACGCCGACAACUUGUUGAAGACGGUGACCGGUGGCGUAUCAUCGACCGCGGCAAUGGGCAAAGGCGUAACAGAGUCACAGUUCCAGAGCAAGCUUUAGAUUUGUUGUAUCUCGUGGAGGGCAUGAUCGUUGACCAUCAUUUGUAUCACGUUUGGCAAGCCAUAACGACACAGUUUAUCACUAAGAUCAUUGCCCUGUUAUGAAAAUCCGGCUUUGAGAUGCCACGGGGAUCACUCACCGACGUCGACGCUUUCGUAUGGCGCAGAUUGUUGCGCUACUUUGUGUUGGCAAUAGAACUAACGUAUGACG